AUGCCCCACAAUCCCCAAACUCAGACCGUCAAAGACCAGGCGACUCUCCUCCGCCAGAAAGUCGACAGCCUCACCAAGAUCAACCAGGGCCUCGACAGGAUGACCCAGCGCACCAAAGGCCCCUAUCACAACCACGCCAACUCUUCCACGAACCAAACUCCAUGGAAACCCCGCCAAGAGCAAUCCGGCGAAUCCAAACGCCUCCAGUCACGGUCCACUCAGCGGAAAGAAGUAAAGCAGAACUAUCGAGAUUUGCUGAAUCCAGUCAUUACCGAGGCGGCCGAAAGAAAUCCAGGCCAUAUCAAUACAUCGUUCACUUCCCAGAUCGGAGCAUCUCUAUGGACCUCCCAAGAGAAAGCCUGUCUUUUCAGACGAAUAUGCCUUACUGGACGUAAUAACCUGCCUUCGUUACAUUGCGCAGUGCCAUCCAAGAGUGAAAGCGAGAUCAAAGUAUAUCUGCAGCUGCUAGAGUUGGAACGUAGGAGAUCGACUUUCGACAUGGCUGACGCACCGGCUGCUGUUGAGCUAUCUGACGAGUGUGAACGUGCUUUGGAGGACUCUGCCGUCACUCUAGCAACACAAGUCAACGAACACGAAAUUUCUUUACAGCAGGCCGAAUUCGGUGAAAACUGGCUCAUCGACGAGGAAUCUGCCUACUACAUCGAUCUAGUCUUCGAUCAGAAACCCGACAAUGACGUUGGAGAGGAAGAAGAGACAGAACAUGAAGAUGCUGUAUCUAAUAACUCACCUCCUGUAACCGAGUCAGACGCUUCAAUCACUCUCCUCCGACCAUCAUCUUUCCUCAAGCUUUCUCGGUCGCUCUUCAUGAACAGCUCUCACUCGCACGACUACAACUGGCAGCUGGCAGACCUCAUCGAAAAGUCAGUGACAAGCCCUGCAAUCUUCAGAGGGGCAUUCGAAGAUCUACACAAUCUUGUUGUAAGUCUGACUCGUCGACUCGCUCAAGUCUCACUCUUCCAAGCCAUGACUAGACUUCGAGCAGGAGAUUCGAGCCGACAUGAUUGGACACCUUCACCACAGGUCAGAGAGGUGGAUGUGUGGUCGGCGUUGGAUGUGCUGGGAAUGAAACACAACGCGCGUGAGUACUGGGCAAAGGUGGCGAGAAGAUGCAAGGUCGAUGUCUUGACCGAGUCGAAGAAGUACAUGGAUGGACGGCCAGGGACCAAGACCGGUGUGAAGCUCACGUAUGAUGAAGUUGAAGAUGAGCUUGGUUUUGGGAAGAAGAAAGAGACCGCUGAGGCAGGCGCAGAUGAAGGAUUGAUCGAGAGUGACAUGUUCACCGAGACCGAGACCAAUGAAGAUCCGGAGCCUCUGCAAGACGACGAAGAAUUGACCAGCAAGCUCUCGCGACACAGCAUAUCACGGAAGCGGAAGCGGGCUUUGAGUCCUGCAACAUUUCUCCGUGUCGAACACGAGUAUCUGGACGCUAUCGAUCACAAUUCGAAUGUGGAAGAAGAAAGUCGACUCUGGAAAGUACUCCGCACAGACCCACCAGAGCAUGUGAACCUACAGGAGGUCAAAAUUCCCGAACAUCCUAGUCAUGGAGAAUCCAUCAGAGAUGAUUGGAGAGAUACAGUCAAGUACGAGGCGGAGUGGGAGCACGCUCUUGGCUCUGUUGAGGGUGAUGACUUUGUGGAGAUGGAACAGAGAGGUGCACAGGGGAAGAGGCGGAGGGAGCAGGUGUGGAACCAGUGGCGGAGGAAGGAGGUGGGAAGUGAGAGUGAAGGAGAAGACGUGGAAAUGUCGCUGGAUGAGAGUGAGGAUGAUUCGUUGGAGGAAAGUGGCGAUGAUGGAGAGACUGAUGAGGACCCUGCGAGCGAUCAGGAGAUGGCAGAUGAAGAAUGA